GAUUUAACAGUGUAGAGUUUAUGAGUGAAUGAAGCAGCAGAAAGAUGUUUGACACGUGACAGGAAAGCCUGUGGACGUCAGGCACGAUCCAACAUAAGACAAACAGAGACAGGUAACAGACAGACAGGUAACAGACAGACAGGUGACUGAGAUUGAACCAGACCUGAGACAGAGACAGGUAACAGACAGGCAGGUUAGUGUACAGGUAUGUCAGGUGUUUCUUUCAUUGUCUGGAUUUGAAGACACGAUGUCGCCUCCUCCGGUGCCAAAGCCUCGCUCUCGUUUCAUGAGCCUGACCUCCUCCACCACUGCGGACAGGAGUCUGACUGAUGGAGGUGCACAACAGCCUUCACCCAACAGGACAGGUGAUGAAGCUCCUCCUCCUCUUCCUCCUGGGGGCUCAAACCACGCUGCUGUCUACCCAACGUUGGCGGGUGUCACUGACAUGAUAGCUGCCAGCAUCCCAUCAUUGGCAGGAGUUGCUGCUUACAUCGGAGGCUCCGCCCCUCCUCCUGCUGCCCCACCCACCCCUUCAGCCCCCUCAGCCCCACCAUCCAUCGACAGCAUCACUAAUAAAAUCACCGCUAACAUACCAAGCUUAGCAGGAACUGCUAACGCUCUUACUAACCCGGAAGCUCCAUUAAGCUCCGCCUCCACCCCCACACCUGAAUCAUCUGCUACUAACAUUAGUGCUGUUAACUUAGACAACAUUGUUAACUCGUUAACCAACAUCCCUAGUUUAGCAGGGAUUGUUAGUGGUAUGGCUAAUACUGGUGUUAGCUCAACCACAACCCCAUCAGCCCCAACCCCACCUUCACCCGCUGACAAACCACGCCCCGCCUCCCUGAACAUAAUCGGAGAACCUGGAGUUACAGAUGUCGGUGCUCUGUCACACCUGGUGAUGUCUGCGUUAGACCAGAAUUCAGGUGUCACUUUACCGUCUCUAGAUGGACCAGCUGACCCACCAGAGGACGGUGUAACUCCGUCCCCUAACAUCGCUAAAGGUGAGAACCCGUAUAUCACUGUGUUGGCGAGCUGGGCCAGCCAAGAGGAAAGUGAGACUGAGUCAUCGAAUGAGGAGGAAGAAACAGGGGUUGGCUCCGCCCCAUCUGGUGCUGAUGGACAAAUGAAUGGAGAUCCUGCCACUAUGAACACCCCCUUAGGUCGCCUGAUGCCCACCCGUCCAGCCCCACCUCCUCCUAAUAAAACUGGCCAAUCAGGGAAGCCGGAGAAGCCCCUGAAGCAGAAGACCCCAAGGACAGCUACAAUCCGAGUGUCCAGAAAGAAAGGAGGCAGUGGCAGUUCAGCCCCUCAGAGCGCUGUGGCCCAGAGCAGCUGGUUGGACAUGUGGAAGGGCUUCAGACACAGUGUUUUAUGGGCCACAUUUGAUGGACAGGUGAUGUCUCUGUGGAAAAAACGAACUGACCGGUUCAGUGAGGUUCUGUUUCAUGUGUCCAGUAUCACCAACAUCAAGAAACAAGACAAAGGACGGUUUUCUGUUUACUUCAGGAAGAAACAUUAUGACUUCAUGGCCCACAAUGAUGAUGUCCAGGAAGGUUGGGUCACGUCUCUUUUGGCGUCUCGAGGUCAGCCAAGCCCUCCCCCUCCGAAGCUGUAUGGAUCAGUCACCAUCAAAGACCCCCGAAGCCGGGUUUACGCUGCCGUCUGGGGUCACGACCUGUGGGUUUACUCCAAUAAGGACAGCUACCAGCUGGGCGUGGCCUCGUUCAGUGUUCCUCUGAACUUAGCCACCGUGAAAACAACAGGAAGACACUCGUUCAGUCUCAUCACUCCAUACAAGACCUUCAGCCUGUCUGUUGAUUCGACGAAGGACCUGCCCAUCUGGGUAGACACCCUGUCCUCGUCCAUUCGCAGUGCCCUGUCCAGCAGUCAGGUGGCGACCAGGCUGUGGGAGAAUCCUCAUAAUAAAGUGUGUGGUGACUGCGGUUCAGCCAAUCCUGAGUGGGCGUCGGUCAACCUGCUGCUGGUUAUCUGUGACAGCUGCGCAGGUCAUCAUCGAGCUCUGGGCAGCAAAGUGUCAAAAGUACGAAGUCUGAAGAUGGACAGCAAGGUGUGGACUGAGCCACUUAUACAGCUGUUUGUCACCCAUGGUAACCGUCUGGCCAACCAGGUGUGGGCCCCAUUUGUCCCAGCGACCGAGCAACUGCGUCCCGAUUCAUCUGAGGAGGAGAAAUUAAACUUCAUCCAAGACAAGUACAGCAAAGGGCGCUACAGGCGAGUCCAUGCUCUGGCCUCAUCCCGACAUCUGAUGGACCAGAGGCUACGUGAGGUGGUUUGUGGAGACGACAUAGAGGAGACGAUGUCUCUGAUCUGCUCAGGAGCAAAGGUGUGUCAGACAGACCUUCAAAGCCCCUCCCCCAUCCAGGUAGCUGAGAGGGCAGGACAAGCUCUGCAAACGGAGCUACUGAGACUGAACGAGUACAUAGAGGUCCCACCUUACCGGCCUCAGUCAGCCAAUGGGAGACGUGACUCCCCCCCCUCAGGUGAGGAGGAGGAGGAGCUUCAUGGUAAAUUGGAGGAAGAUCGAUUCCUGUUCUCGUUGGAAAAUGAUGCAGCAGCGUGUGACGUCCUUGACCUGCGAGAAGUCCUGUCAGUUUACCUCAAAGAUGGAUCAUCUCCUCACUUUGAGUUAGUGACACUCACUGAUGAGCUGAUCUGUGCGGCCGACAGCAGAGAUGAGCUGCUGACCCACCUGAUCCACAUCCUGAAGGUGAUUCUUCCUGUAGGUGUGGCUGAGGUAGAGGUAGGCGGGGCUUCAGCCAUCAGUAAAGUGUGUGUCGUUGAAGUUGGUAGAGAUUCUAGCCAUUCAGAUGCUUGGCUGCUUCUUUGGAGGGGUGGAGUCAGUGUUUACCCCACCCAUGGACACACUCAGCAGACUCUGAGGAUGCCACUGAGUGAACUCAGUCAACAUGAGAUGGAUCUGUCUAAAAACACCAUCACCAUUGCUACUGCAGAUGGGUGUGUGUCUGUGCGGUUUGAGAAGCAGAGCAGCUGUCAGUCUUGGUUCACACACUUGAACACCACUCUGACCAAUCAGAAGGCAGCUCCUCUGUACCCAUCGACCUGCAGAGGAUCGGUGCCUCCAGGGUUCGAACGCUGCAUCUCCCACAUCACCAGCCAUGGUCUGAAGGUGGAGGGUGUCUACAGACGCUGUGGUCUUGCUCCUAAAGUCAGCCAACUAGUGGAGGCCCUGAUGACAUCACCAAGCUCUGCCCCUUUAGAGAGUGAUGAGCAAGGAGUUCUGGAUGCAAGCUCCACCCUCAAACAGUUAAUCCGACAUACAAAUCUGAUCCCUGAAAGAGACAUACCACAGUGGCUGUACGCUGCAGGGGUUUCAGAUGAACGAUCCAGAUUUUCAUCUUACAGACAGUUACUACGGAAACUAUCUGAUGACAGUCGAGCAACACUGAGUGCACUGUUUGGACACUUCUACAUUGUCCAGGUGUUCUCUCAGGUGAACAAGAUGUCGGCUCACAAUCUGGCGGUGGUUCUGCUCCCAUCUCUGUUUCAGACUAUAAACCAGGAUCUGCUGCGACUCAUCAAAGAGUUCAUCAUCCACCACACAUUGCUGUUCCUUACACCUGAGGAGGAGGAGGAGGAAGAGCAGAUAACUGUGUUCUGAUGAAGAGGAUGAAGAGGAGUUACAUAUUAUGUUUACAUGUCUUUUUACUUUGACGGGUUACACUUUCAGAAUGGAAGUUUGGUGUUGGUGUUUACUGAUAAAACCUGUAAAUAAAAUAAACUCUUUAUUAGGUGAUAAUCCAUGUUCAUGUGAUGCAUAGGUAAUAC